AUGUCUGCUAUUCAACACAUUCAAAACGCCGGUGAAUUCCAAAAGUUAUUAACAAGCACGGAUAAGCUUAUUGUAGUAGACUUUUUUGCUACUUGGUGUGGACCUUGCAAGAUGAUUACUCCCUUUUAUGCCCAACUUUCUACCAAAUAUAGUCAAGUUGUAUUUGCAAAGGUGGAUGUGGAUCAAUUAAAGGAAGUAGCAGCCGCCUGUAAAGUGUCCUCUAUGCCUACUUUCCAGUUCUACAAGAAUGGAAGCAGAGUAGCUGAAAUGAAGGGAGCUAAUCCUCAACAACUUGAACAAUAUGUCAAGCAGCAUUCCGAAGAUGCCGGAGCUUCUGGUUCCUCUUCUUCCGCCAAGAAGAGCUGUGGGGUUCCUGGCUAUGUUGAUUUAACCGAAUAUAUUACACCCAAGCAAAUGGAUGCUUUGAACCAAAAUGAAGAACACAACGUCAAGAACAUUUUCAAGGACGAUGAUACAUAUUUGGAAAGUGAUACUGAUGAGCAAUUGAUCAUCAGUGUUCCUUUCAACCAACCUGUCAAGCUUCAUUCAUUAAAGUUCAAGGUGCCCAAUCCUGCACAAGCUCCCAAGACAAUCAAGAUUUAUGCAAACAGACAAGUUUUAGGCUUUGAUGAUGUUGAUUCCGUAAAGGAGACACAGACUAUUGAAUUAACACCCGAGAAUUUCAAGGAAAAUGGCAUUGUUAAUUUGAGAUUUGUCAAGUAUCAAAACAUUACUCAUAUCAUGUUAUUUAUUGCGGAUAAUCAAGAGGAUGAGGAAACCACAAAGAUCCAACAACUCGUCUUUAUUGGUGUCCCUGUUGAAGCUACCAACAUGAACGAUUUAAACAAGGAAUAA